AUGAGUCAGCGUGGCCGUGGUUCUUGCCCUAACUGUAAAGCACAGUAUUUUAACCGCUACAAGCCAUCAAAGUGUGGGAUGUGUGGCUAUGCGCUAGGAGGAACAUUUGAACCAUCAACCAAGAAAGUUAAAUAUUCCCCUAAAGCAGUAGAAAUCUCUAAAGGUGUAUACAGCGUUACAACCAGUACACGAGACGAUCGCUGUUUUGUUACCACUGAUGGUAAUUUGUGGUUUUGUAGUCUUGAGGAAUGCAAGAUUGCAAGAUCAGUUCAACACAAUUCAUCACGCUUAGCCGAGUUUAGUUGUCGUCAUAUCGAUGAAGUAAAGUUUUGUGACAAAUCUCCUCCGGUCGCUAUUUUGAAACCGGACUUAGAUAACUUUGUGUGUAGUGAAACUCUCAGAAAUUCCAUACAAGAUGUGCUAAAUGUAGCUGGAUCUAUGCCUAUGGCAAGUGCUGCUGUCCAGGUAUCCGAUGCAAUGUUCUGUGCGUUCGGACCUAUAACAGCAAGUAUAUAAUCCUCUCGGGUACUGCCAUGUCCGCAAAAGUGCAACUGAAUUGAAUCACUUCAUUUGCACCGGAAAAGACUGCAGAGGAUUUGCUGCUAAAGGCAAGCAAGUCAGAACAAAAUCAAUGUGCAUGCAUAUAGCUAUAUUGCAUUCGUGUUUUGUCACCAAUACUUUGGACACGACUGGUGAUACCAACAAUGCAACUUUUGAAGCCGAAUCAUCAACAGAACCUGGGCCUACGGUAAAUUCAAGUGAACUAACUAAACGUCUUUCUACGUUGUCUUUAGCCGAGAAGGUUAAAAUUUUGCCAUAUAUUUUACCCCAUGAUUUGUUGCAGUCAGUAGCAAAGAGAGAUGCUUGUACAUUGCUUGGUGUUGGUGAGAUGUGGCCAAACAGUUUCAUACCUGAUUUGGAAAACUGUCAGCUAUGUGGUUCCGUGUUAGGUGAUACCUGCAUUCAUCCCGGACAAUCUCAAAACAACCCGUGCUAUCUGCUCACAGAACUUAACCCGUUUAAGCAAGUGGAUAUAAAAGUUAAAUUUUGUUCAUCUCGUGAUUGUUAUGCAAUGCAUCAAGCAUCUGUGGAAAAACUAGGUAGGCCAUAACAAUACUAUAUCGGAAAACCUAUAGUUGUGGCAUGUGCCUGUUAAUUCCAGGAACUAUAGUUACCCGGUCAUGUUUAUCUUGACUGUGAACAGCUAACCAUGCAGCUCUGCAUGUUCCAGGCUUUUGCACAGUUAGUAGUUAAGAAAUUAUUGCACCCGCGUGUCACAAAGUCUCAACUUGGAAAAUUACCCUCAUGCACCUCAGGCUCAGCUUGCCCUGACCGUAUCCUAUACUUGUAGAGGCCUUUAUACACUAACCGAAGGUUAUAGGAAAAGCAGCCUUUGGCAGUUUGAGGUGGGGUGUGGGUUUAUGCUCAUUGGAGGCUUAAGGCCCACACAGACCGAACGCGAUUCGACAACGCGCGACGCGAAUUUUUUCAGUUUUUUAAACCAAAUAAAACCGUCAACGGAUAAAAAAUUUACAAGAUAUGCAGACCAGAUAGCUAAAAUUGCUCAAGUGGUUCCGAAUAUUUGAAAAACAUAGAAAAAUAUUAAAGUUAAAUGUUAUUGAAAAUUGAAAAUUUGCGUCGCGUUGCCGAAUCGCGUCCGGCUGUGUGGGCCUUUAUAGAGCGCUUCGGUAAUAAUAGCAAAUGAGAAUUUGUGAUACGGUUGCAUGAUUAUUGAAUUAAUUGCUACAAGACUUUCACUAAGACAUUCAUGAUACUUGCAGCAUGCGAUCAUAUCAUAUUACAUAUAGAACUAAAGUGAACUUGAAAAAAAAUUGUUGAUUUCCUAAUAUGCGCGCGUGCUUCUUUCUAUAUUAUAGGUUUGUUCAACAUCAGUGACAAAGUUUUGGUUUCGCUGGAUAUCCUACUGGAAUUCAGAGAGUUUUUCAAGAUGGGACAUCCUAUAGGAAAUGUUAUUCAUGCAAAGCUUAUAACCCUGACGGCCAAAUGCGAAGAGGUUAGCAGCAAAUAA